GAUCUGUUCUGUACAACAUCUAUUGCACGUCUGUCCGUCCUGGAAGAGGGAUCCCUCCUCAGUUGCUCUUCCUGAGGUUUCUACCAUUUUUAAUCCUCGAUAAAGGGUUUUGGGGGGAGUAUUUCCUUAUCCGCUGUGAGGAUAGAGGGAUGUCAUAUGCUGUAAAGCCCUCUGAGGCAAAUUGUGAUUUGUGAUACUGGGCUUUAUAAAUGAAAUUGAAAUUCAAAGGAAUUAAAAUACAAUACAGUGGUAAACAUGAUUCAACCACUGUACAGUAUCUAAAUGAGCUCCACCCAAAACAGCUGCUUACAUACAAUGCAGUAAUAUGAUAUACAAAAAUAUGAUACACAAUAAUGCAACACUGUGAAAGGAGCAAUUUAAAGUACCUCACUUUAAGAUUAAAAGAGUUUUUAAUGAUAUUUAUGCUGUAUUUGUACUUCAAGAAAAAGACUGACUACACGACUUUACAUAUAUUGCAGUAUUUGUUACAGUGGUGUCGAUACUUUAUUGACUACUUGGCUAGUACAGUAUUUUUUGCACAGGGGCCAUUUUUACUUUACUGACUACUUGUUAUCUUAUAUUUGUUAAACUAGGGUAUUUAGUUGACUACUUGUACUGCAGUACCUAUUUGCUAUACUGUGGUAUUUACACUUAGUGCUUCUACUAUAGUGCAGUGUUUGUCUGUGGUAUUUCUACAAUGAGUCAAACUGUGAUCUUCUAGAAUGGCCUUUUAUGAUAGAGUCAUGUGAUAAUAAAACACAAAGCACAGUAGGCUCAUUUGUUUUGGCUUUGCGGGAUGAAGAAUUACGAAGUCAGAAAAAGUCUUAACAUCGUUCUCGUGGACGCGUUGCUAUGUAUUUUGACUCUUCCCGCACACCAUCGCUAAACAAAACAGAAAAUGGCGUCAACUGAAAGCCAGCCGCGGUUUGGCCAGUCUGUCAAAGGAUUGUUGUCCGAUAAAGUGGGCUCAUGUAGCGGGGAUGUGAUCGCCCUGACUCGCCAAGUGCUGAAGGGAUCCCGCAGUCAGGAGCUUCUUGGUCAAGCAGCAAGAAAUAUGGUCAUUCAGGAGGACGCCAUCCUGCACUCUGAGGAUAGUCUGAGAAAAAUGUCCAUUAUCACCACACAUCUACAAUACCAGCAGGAGGCCAUCCAGAAGAAUGUGGAGCACUCUAAAAACCUGCAGGACCAGCUGAGACACCUGUUGAAGUGACAGAGCUGCAGAGGAUGCCCCCUCAGAAGGAUGCCCCCUCAGGAGGAUGCCCCCUCAGGAGGAUGCCCCCUCAGGAGGAUCUCUUGUUAACCAUCACUGUCUCAGCAGAAGGGUUUCACGUCAAUAAUCUGCCACAUUUCUAAUUUGUAACACACUGCUGGCUGGUGCAGCUGAGACUGGAUGUGAUGGUCUUCUCUGUAUCACAUACAGGCAGUGCCUGCAAUGAAAGGACCUUGGCGUUGUUUUUUUUUAGUUAUGUAAAAAGUUUUGAUCACUUGUAUUAUGUUAAUUUAUUAAAUACCUUGUCUGUGUCAUCUUGGCUCCUCAUAAUG